CCUGUGUUCAAUUCCUAACACCUACGUGGUUGUUUAUAACCAUCUGUAACUCCAACUCCAGAAGAUCCAUUCAAUGCCCUCCCUCUUCUGAUGCCUGCAGACACCAAGCAUGCAUAUGGUGCACAUACAUCCAUUCAGAUAUUAAGAGGAGGCUCCCUAAAUUGGUGACCGGUCCUCAAGUCCUUCAAAAAGACCUCAUUAAAAUUGCCUUUGGGGCUGGAGAGAUGGCUCAGCAGCAGGUACAUAUGUCAAAUGACAGUUUCUCAGGAAACUGGAAGUUGACACAGUGAAUCAGCUCCUUUAUGAUGGUAGGACCCAUUAAACUUCUGAUACUAUGUGAGAGACCUGGAUUUGUAUAUAUAACGUGACCGGAGUCUGGGCUGCAUGGAUCUGCUCGCGCGGCAACUGAAGGGCUACAAGAUUCUGACUGCGGGGUUAGUCUUUCUGGUUUUGGUGUUCUAUCUCAUGAUGUCAUGGCCUGAGCCCAGGAAGCAUUGGUUCCCACCACCCCGUCCUGCCUCUGAAUAUGUCUCUGAGCCCAACGACUGGGACUCUCUCUCUCAAGAACUCACCAACCUGAUUCUAUAUUGGCCUCCAACUGGUGGAAACAGGGAUGACUUUUCGGCUUCUACCAGCCCCAAAACCUCCACUUACAGAUUGAAGGGUCCUGCCCAAGCCAGUUAUACUCUGGGAAGUAACCUAGAGGCCAUCCUUGUGGCUAGGGAUCACCAAGGCAGGCCCAAGACUCAUGGUGGAGAUCUGUUUCGGGCAAAGCUCCUGGGCCGGGAAUUGAAAGCAGGAGUCCCAGGGGAGGUGAAGGAUCUGGAGAAUGGCACUUACCUCUUGUCCUUCCCUCUGCUCUGGGCUGGAUGGGCUCAGGUGCAAGUGAGGCUGAUCCACUCCAGCGAGGCAGUUGGGGUCCUGCAGAGAAUCUGGAGAGGAAAACGAGCCACUGUUGACUUUAGAGGAUAUUUCCGAGGAAGGAACGGCACUCAAGAGACUGUUAUCUGCAACGUGGACCCCCAGUCAACUGGAGCCAAAGGACCCACCUGCCAGUACAGGGAUGUGGUUUCUGGGGAGGACUGGUUCUGUGCUCAACCCUCUACUUUGCCCUGCGAUGCUUUAGUCGGCCACUCGAGUGGAAGUUACCUGAAUGUGACCACACCGCAUGAUGAAGACCUGCUGGCCGGGAAUGUGACUGACCAGCCACUCGCUUCAGGAAUAUCUCCAAUCCUGGUGAAACCAGCAGCCACUGGGAACAUGAAUGAUGUGGCCUUGCUUUCAAGGCCCCCAUGCCGCCCUGGCCACCUGUCUCCAAAACCCUCUGGCUUCUACCACCAAGACAGAUGGCAUUCCACGUUCUGUUCUAGCCGCUCUUUCCCCACUGUGGACAGCAUCCUCAACUGCCUGGCUGGCCGCAUCGUCUACAUGAUGGGGGAUUCCACACUUCGGCAGUGGUGGGAGUAUCUGCGAGACACAGUGCCCUCCCUGAAGCCAGUUGAUCUACAUGUCACAUAUCAGGCCGGUCCCCUGAUGGCUGUGGACACCACUCGGGGGACAGUGUUACACUGGAGGGCCCAUGGAUGGCCCCUGCGCUCUCUCCGCACCCCAGUGGCCUCGCUCCACUCUGUGGCCAGAGAACUGCAUGGCCUGGCUGGGGGCCCCUCCACGGUGGUGGUGCUGGGUAUGGGAGCUCACUUUACCACCUUCCGUCCAUCCAUCAUUGCUCGAAGACUGGCAGGGAUUCGGGCAGCUGUGAAAGCCCUGCUGGACCGGGAACCCAGUACUCUGGUGGUUAUCAAACUGGCCAAUACUGGCUACAAAUCUGUGUAUGGCAGUGACUGGCUUACACUCCAGGUGAACAGAUUCCUCCGAGCUGCCUUUGUGGGUCUCCAAGUGGCCUUUGUGGAUGCCUGGGAAAUGACCUCCAGCUUGGAUCUGCCAGACUACAUCCACCCCAAGACACUCAUUGUCCGUAAUGAAGUGGAAUUAUUUCUGUCCUUUGUCUGUCCCACCUAAUGCUCCCAAAGGACCCGAGGCUGUGUGGAUGGAGAGCCUGCGUGUGGCCAUCUAAAGGAUGAACAGCAAGAGAUGGAAAAAUGAACCUACCCUGGCUUACCCACUAUAGCACUUGGGUCACCAUUUUAUACAUCUCUCUAUGCACCACACAAAUAAAUCAAGUUUUAAAUAAAUGAGGUCAUAUUUUUGCA